UUAUUGCAUAUUGUUGUUGCUGUUCUUUUUUUUAUUAAAUCAAUCCGCAAUCCACCAAAAAAUUGAUUAAUUUUCAGAAGUGUUUUUAAUACGGUUUUGUUCGGGGUAGUAGAUAAAACGCUAAAUAUUUUAGUAUUGUCUUUUGUGUUUAAUAAUUAGAAAUUGUUUAUUAAACUUAUUUUAAUAAAAUGGCAAAAAGUAAAGUAAAUUCAGUGGCAGAAACAGCGUAUGGCGGCAUUUAUAAUACCUUACGUAUUUUGGUACACUUGACGGCUGCUGUACAAUUUUCCUAUUCCAUUUAUUAUGAUCAUACUUACGUACAUUUUCCGGUCUCCGAUAGCAAUAUGCACAAUCCAUUUGGUGGCAAAUUUAAAUAUUUAACAUUUCUAGAUGCGAUUAUUCAAGCUUUGUAUUAUACAAUUUCUUUGAUAAAUGAUUUUGUGGGUAGCAAUGAAGUUGCGCCCAAAAUGCCCUUAAUACGUAAAAUUAAGGACUAUAUGAUGGCUACGUUCGCUUUUCAUGCUUUAAAUGUUGGCAUAACAUUUUGGGUCUAUAUGCUUGUUGAUCGUGAACUGGUCUUCCCUAAAGUCUUAGAUGCUGUAUUCCCUAGCUGGUUAAAUCAUAUCAUGCACACAAACAUUGUGGUCUUUAUUGUUUUGGAAAUGUUCAUUUCCUUCCGUGCUUAUCCACCCAGAGCUAAAGGUAUUGCUGGUCUUUCCAUCUUCAUGUUAUGCUACUUAGUAUGGUUACAUAUUGUCAAACAUUAUUCGGGUGUUUGGGUAUAUCCCGUUUUGGAAGUUUUACAAUUACCCCAACGUAUUGUUUUCUUUGUGGGCUCUCUGGUCUUCACCUUGGCUUUGUAUAUGUUUGGUGAAUUAAUGAACAAUAUUGUCUGGUCGAAGGAACUUAAGAUGGCUCAACGCAAACAUAAGUAAAUUAAAACUUAGAUAAUAUAUCUUCAAUAUACAGCCUUUUCUUCUUAUUAAGAUCUUUUUAACUAAACUUUUGACAAAAUCGAUAAAUAAAGAGAAACAAAAACCAAAAAA